GUUUGAGAAAGAGCGAUGAGGGCAGCUUAACAUAACUGGCUUUCUCUGCAGAAUCCUUGUUGGCUGUCCUCGGCCCUGCCUCCGAUCCUUUCGUCCGUCCCAUCCACUUGGUGCCAUCCCACGGUGCUGUUGCCUGUGUCUGCGGCCUCCGAGUGCUCCAGCGGAGCCCUGACGAUGCUCUGGUGACGUCCAGCGGCUUCCUACGCGGGCCACGUCACUCGCGCGUCUCUUCAAAAGGGAGAUUGACGCAGCAAUCACGCCUACAGCCUCGAUGUGAGCAUACCAACGAUCAGCAAGACGCCGAGCAUCGUGCUGCUGCACCUGCACACCGGUGACGAUGCCUCGCUUGAGGCAUCGCCUCUCGGCAUGGCUUCGGUUAUGGAUCUUGUGGUCUCUGUGGGGCGUCCUGCUGUCGUUCUUCACGGCGCCAUGGGCCGCUGUCGGCUCUGCGGACCGGGCAGAUGCCUUGGCUGCCGGUGCUGUCGAUGCGACGACGGAACAAGCCGCACCCAGCAUCAUUGUCAAGGAACCAGACGAGUACGGCCACCCUGCGGCGGACUAUGACUCGGACAGCGAUGCCGAGGUGCCCUUCGACAUCCCCGCAGUGCACCCUGAUGGGCACCGUGAGUCGGUGCUGGUGGUGCUGACGAGUGAUGGGACACUGUGGGCUGUCAACACGGCCGGGGACUAUCUGUGGCAGUAUCAUUUGGAUGAGCCUCUGGUGGCCUACGACACACCGGCGAGGAAGGGCGCCACCAAGGGACGGGGCAAGGGGCCGCCACCAAGGCUGCUGCCUUCCUUCGAUGUAAGACGACUCACACCACACCACCGACACACACGGACCGCAGACACGACUGUUGAUCGGUCUUUUCUGCUGUGCUUGCUGCUGUGUGGUGUUUUGUGUGGUUGUGCUGUGCAGGGUUCUCUGUUGUACGUGAUGGACGAGGGCUCUCCGGCGUACCUGAGUGUGACGCUCAAGGACCUGGUGACCCGGUCGCCCUUCACCACGAGCCUCUUCCCCGGCGUCUACUUCACCGGCACCAGGGACACACACGUACACUCAAUCAAUCUGCGAACGGUCAGUCAGUAGACACACUCGACACACACCUAGACACAUGGAGUGUAUCUGUGUGUUGUGUUGUUGUUGUGCGUGCAGGGUGACGACAUAGUGCCGCCUGCCGACCAGGAUCCCGCGUCGUGCCACGCGCCGCCCGCAGACAGGGGGUUCAUCCAUGGCGACUCCACCAGGCAGCUGGUGUUCGGCUCGACCACAUGGAAGCUCAAGGCCUUUGACGAGUACCGACACAGCCAUCAGUGGUCGCUCGCCGUCAACGAGAUCGCCACACUCUCCAAGUUCAGGAGCCCGGGUGAGAGGGAGACCGACCGACAGACAAAUGGAAGGAAGGAUGUAUGUGUGGAUGGGUGUGGCCUUCUUGCGCCUCUUCCCUCGCGCGUGCGUCCGUGUGUGCAGCGACGGAAGAUCUGGCGUCUCUGCUGGAGCUCCAGGGCAGUUCUGUCCUGUACAAAGGUCCCCCAUACUACAGCCCUCCCCCAGUCCACGACGGCCCCUUGGCCCACACGGCGUGGAAGACCACCAGCACCGACCCACAGCAGGUGCAGGUGCCGCCCACGCCCACCAACUCGCUCCACACCGACCCCGCCCUCGGGCUGGGCCAUCCCGGCGUCAUGGCAGCGGGGGACGAUCAGGAAGAGGCGACUGUUUUCACAGGUCAGUCAGAGGUCACAGGCAGACGGCGACUUUGCUUGCAUCAGGACCGAUCACACAUGUGUGUGUCUGUGUGUGUGUGUGGUUCAGUCGGUGCCGGCAACUUCACGUUUCCUGCGGAUGUGUUGGCUGUGUACACGAUCUUCGACCCGCCCGACACGGCACCGGACGUCGUCACGCUUGAGCUGGCGGUGGCCGCCGCACCCCAGAUCGCAUCGCACCUGGUGGAGCUCGCCGCACCUCUGCUCAAGCAACGCACCCCCGGCCACCCGGCCAUGCAGCCGUCCCUCCCCAGUGGGCAGGAGAUCGACCAUGAGGGAUCGUCGCCGCUGUAUCUGCUGGAUCUGCCUAGUGCGGACCUGCCGAUAAAGCACUCGAUGACGCCCACCACAAGUGAGCGAAUGAGCAGAGACGGGCGAUGCACAAGGAUGGAUGGAUGGAUGCGUCCGUCCGUCGGUUUGUGUGGUGCUGUCAGGCCCUUUCCCCUUGUCGCGUCGGCGGCCCCUGCUGUUCGCCAAGGGAUUCGACUGGUUCAGGUCCAACCUGUGGAAGUCGCUGCAGGGCCUCAAGGCCGGCACUGGUGGUCCACACCACCGGCGAGACGCCAACGGCCUGGUGCAGAUCCACGACGACCCCUUCCACACGAUGGCCAGCAACACCUCCCCCUCACGCCCAUCACACUGGCACGCCCACAGGCAUCCCCACCCCCCACAUGCGCAUCCGCAUUCGCAUUCGGUGACCAACCUGCCGUCGCCCCCCGCCAUGCCCCAGAUCGCCCACGCCGGCCGGCAGGAGACCAUCCCUCUCGAGUCCCUGGCAACGGCAGACGGCACCGACGGCGGCACCAGCGCCUGGCUGUGGGACUACCGGAACGUGUGGGCGUGGGUGUGCUGGCUGGGCCUGACGGCGUGCACCAUCCUGUGCGCCGGGCUCUUCAUGUUCAUCAAGGAGGUACUGUUGUCCGGCCGCGCCGGCGACCCCAACUCCGUCUUCAAUCCUGACGGGUCGGUGCGGUCCAUCACGACCAGCACGACGGCCGCUGGGACGCCCCCCUCGAGCAUCGCCAACAAAUGCAUCGAGCGCAGCAAGGCGGGAGGGAGCCCCAACAGCCUCGACCCAGCCGAUCUCGAUGACGACCUCAAGCAACAGCAGCAGCAGCAGAGGCGCAUGCCGGGUGACGAGGCGGCCGGUGACGACACACGCGCCAACUCGCCGUGGAUGGAUGCGCGUCCGGCGGCACCCCAGCGCAUGCACUACCGGCGGCGAGGCCGCACCAACUCCUAUCCUCCGCAGGACUUCAUGGAGCUCCUCGACAGCGACCCGCCGACGAAUCAUGAGGCCCUGACCAACACGACCAAGAUGGCCGUGCCGGCGAGCGUCUCCAUGCCGGCAGAAGACAUCGACAGACAGCGGGGCGGCGCCCGACGGCUGCGCAAGACCUCACCUGACGACGAUGACCACCACCAGCACCCGCACCAGGAGAAAUUUCUGUCUGUCGCCCGUGACCCGCAUGGAUGGAACCCCGGCCGCCCGGCCACUGACAGGGACAGCCGGGUGCCGGCUGACCUGCCCGUCUUCUGCGACAGCCAAGAGGCGCGGACCUUCGAGGGUCUCUGCUCGCCCAUGGCCAUCCGCAGACAGGGCGGCGUGGACCAGCCGCACUCACUGGGUAUCUCCCUGCAGCGAGUUAGCAACCGGCGCUAUAUGGCCCAUCUGGCGGGCCAGGGCUUGCUGGAUGAGCUGCCGCCCCCACUGGAGCCUCUGCAGGAAGAGGACCACCACCACUCAAAGCAGCGACCGUCGGCGGCUGGCACCGGGCAGUCGACGGCCGAUCCAGGCAGCACUGCGCCCAUCUUCGGCAGCUCCCUCUACGCCCUACAGCCUGUAGACGGCGGCAGAGACCACUGGCAGGCAUCAUCGUCGAUGCUGCCGGAUCUGUCCAAGCCGCCGCUGCCCAUGAUCACCAAUGGCGGCGGGCCAUGGGGGUCGCCUCGCGAGAGCCCCACCAAGCGAUGGAUGGCGCCGCAGGAUGACAAUGCUCACAAGCGUGAUCGGUCUGAGCCGCCCGGUCGGCCGCCGCCCAUCGCGGUGCCCAACGGCCCGAAUGCGUCGCUGAGUGCCUUCCCCCAGAUGUCGCCCACCAGCGGGCCGCAGUCGCAGAUCCCGCCCGAUUGCCCGCUGGCGGAAGUGCUCGAAAAUGGGAAGUUCUACAGGACUUUUGAGGUCAGGCACUGACGGAUCGACGAACGAUAAUGUGUGUGUCGCGUGUAUGAUGGAUGUACCUUCCCUUCCCGCGUUGCGAUGUGUGCUGGUGACUGACUGACGGCAGGAGUUGUCUUUGAUUGGUCGUGGUGGGUUUGGUGCGGUGUACCGUGCGCGCAACCGUCUGGAGCCCGACAAGCCCAUCUAUGCCGUCAAGUUCGUGCACCUCAGGAUGCGCGCCAAGGACGCACUCGGGAGCAGACGAUACUUCAGAGAGGUAAGGUACCCUACCCACACAAGCGGAAGGCACCACCCGAUGGUGUCCCACAAUUUGACAUGAGACCUCCUCCCGUCCUUGGUGUGCAUGUGUGUGUCAGGUGUCUGCGGGUCGCGACAUUCUGUCCAAACAUGUGGUGCGCUACUUCAUCUGGUGGUGCGAGGAGCCCCAGUUCCUCCCCAAGGAACACGCCAGAGGCCGCCCGCAGUGGGAGCCGCUCACCAACAAGGACGCCAAUGACUCCCUCCCCAGCACCCCAUCCAGCACCAUCAAGGACAGGCAGCACCGGGGCCUCCGCAGACGCCGGGGCGGCACCCCCCUACGUGUGGAGACCCACCAGUCGUCAUGGGCCAUGAACGAAGACGAUGAGGACCAGACGGAGGGCUCCCCGCAGUCGCCCAUGAGCUGGGGGUGGGGCAGCAACACCGACGACGGACAGAGCGACGUCGACCUGGGCGUGGGAGGCGAGCGGUACGGCAGCAUCGGGAUGAUGCAGCUGCCGUCGGCCGACAACGGCACGGGCCUGCCGCCGCUGCCCAUCGACGAGGACCCCUCGAACUGGCCGGUGCUGGAAGAGGAGGAGGAGCUCGUCCACGACGAUGAGACGCAGUCGGAGGACUGGAUCCAGUUCAAGGACGAGGAGGAGCCCAAGGGCGAGUCCGAGCCCCCAUCGCCAUGCCGCCCGCCCCCUGAGCCUGAGCCCUCCCCUUCCCCCUCUCCCUCAGACCUCGGCGGCUUCCGGCCGGCAGUGGAGGACGCCUCAUCUCACUUGCGAGGUGACGGUGACAAUGAGCAGGAGGGUGGUGGGGGCAUGGGCACCUUGGAGAUCUCGCCUCCACUGGGGCCCUCGGUGCUGCGUCGCGUCAGCGGGAGUCGGCUGGCGGUGCCCGAGAGACGUGGACGGGGUCGGCGGGGCCGUGGGCGGCCGCAGCGGCAGAGACGAGAGUCUGAGCCGCUGUAUCCCGUGGUGCUGCUCAUCCAAAUGGAGAUGUGCCACGGGGUCACACUCAGGCAGUGGCUCGACGCGUAAGCUAUCCACACGGCGCAGCCACCCAAGUGCCCACGGGGAAUGCACUGCACGCGUGUGUAUGUGUGUGUGUGUGUGGCCAGUGCUGAGCGCUCGACGGUGCCUUUGGAGUAUGUUGAGAGUGCCAAGACGACCCGCGUCGAGUUGGACCUCUUCCGCCAGCUCAUCAAGGGCAUCAGAGACAUACACCAAAAGUGAGAUAUCGACACAGCACAGCAUGCGUCGGAGAGCCGAGAGAACCGGAAAAGGGCACAUGACGUCUCUGUCUCUGCUGCUUGUCCGUGUCUGUCUCUGUGUGUGUGUCCGACAGGGGCAUUGUGCACCGCGACCUCAAGCCGGACAACAUCAUCGUCGACCCAUCGACACAGACGCUCAAGAUCGGUGACUUUGGCCUGGCGCGCUUCCUGCGAGCAACCGGCGGGUAAACAACCACAGCGCGACAGACACAGACUCUCUCUCCACAUCCAUCCAUCCAUGUGUUUGUCUUUCUGUCUGCAUCAGUGAUGAGGACAGCAUGGGUGCGAGUGGCAUCACCCCUCCCCGGACGAGCAGCGUGUGGGGCGACCCAUCUGCCCUCAAAACCCUCCCUCGCAGCGACAGCCAGGCGUCAGUGCAGGGACAGGUCAUCGGCACACCAGGGUACGCACCACCCGAGGGUGGCGCACUCUGCUCUGAGAAGGCCGACAUAUUCUCGGCCUCAGUCAUACUGCUGGAGCUCCUCUGCCCACGGUAACCGAGCGGGCACCACACACAUGCCGCCAAGGGACAGUGGAUGCAUUGAUUGCAUGGGUGUGUUGUCUGAUUGACUGGCUUGAAGGUUUGAGACGUUGAUGGAGCGUUACAAGGUGUUGGAGGAGUUCCGCACGGCGGCCAAGGUGCCGGACUUCAUCCCUGAGCAUCUGCCCGAGUACCACGACCUCAUGAAGCGCAUGGCGAGAAGAAACCCUGCCGAAAGACCGUCGGCAGAAGAGGUACGUACGUACGUGUGCCGAGCAGCCAGCCAUGCAGACAGACCGUUGUUGACGCCAUCCAUCCAUCCAUCCAUUUAUAUUCUCGGCCCUCCCUGCCUGCAGGUUUACCACGAGAUCAAGACUGGCUUCAAGAACAAGAACCAGAAUCGCCACUCGUCCCCCCUGCCCACCCCGCCCCCCCAACCGUCGGACGAGCAACUCCCAGCCGUCAGUCUCCCCCUACCACCCUCACCCACAGCCGCCCUCUCACGCGAGGCCUCGCCCCCCUCAACCUCAUCGCCGUCUCCCCCCUGCGCGGCCUCGCCGGUCCUCACGCGAUCUGCGCCGCCCCGAAGCCAUUCGGCGGCUAAGGGCAAACGCACCCCGUCGAGACGUCGAAAGGCCAUGCGGCAUCUCACGUGCCCGAACCUUGAAGUGAGUAACGAGCUGGGUGGUGACGAUGAUGAGGACGAGGGCGGUGGCGAUGGGAUGGAGGAGGAGAUCGUCAUGAGUGGCGACUCGGUCUUGUCGGGGGCCACCGAGCCCAUGAAAGCCGUGUGAUCCUUUUGCUGCUGGUAGUGGGCUAGUGGGCCGGGCCUUGUCGAGCAGCUUUUUGCUUUCUGAGGGAGGGAGAGAGGGAUGGCGGGAGGGAGGGAUAUGCUUCGGGCAUGGUUUAUUCAAGAUUGCUGCUUGCCUGUCUGUCGGUUCAUCGACAACAAUCGCGCCCGUGUGCUUUUUGGGCGCGGCGCCUGUGUAGCUGCUGCAUACCAUACUCACCAUCUACUCUACUCACCACUGAGUCGUGCACUGCACGAGAGAUGAGAGACCAGAGAGGAAGGGAAGCCAAGUGCUGCUGAUCGGAUGGCCAUUAUGCAUGGCAAUGCGUGCCGCUUUCUAUGCGCUCGUAGAGAGAAAUCACGCCCACUACCACUACCACCCCUCGCCGCCCACACACAUAGACAGACACGCGUGUGUGUUGCACUCGCCUGCCGUGCCGUGGUAACCUAAAAAAUUGUACCUCUGCCUGUUGUGCCUCUGUCUUGGUGUGUGUGGGCCGAUGAUAAUACCGAUGAUCGAUCAAGGUAUUUUUGCGUCGUGCCUGCGGUGUGCCGUGUGCCUUCAUGGGUCUGUCUGCCUGCCUGUCUGUCUGCGUGGUGUGGCGAGGGCGGACCUAUUCAUUCAGCUACGCACCACCAGAGUGCGUCGUGAGCCAUGGAUGCAUGCGUGUGAUUUGCCUGCGUGGAGGCCAUGCAGAGACAUACUGACCCAUCCACGCAGAGCUUUUUUCGAUGUAUACAAUAUCCAUACACCUACCAGU